AUGACCAACAUAUCUUGGAUGUCCCCGGAUUAUCCGGUUGAGAAAUACGACGGGCCCCCGCGCAACAUUGCCUAUAUUGAUCAGUUGUCUUUCGACCCGGAUCUUCAACCGAAGCACAGCGAGAUCGCUGGCACCGACACGUCUUCCAGAAUACUCAUAUUGGACGUGAAUAUCCUGGAGGCCACAGGUCGGGAGUCAUACAAAGGAGAUGUCCUCAUCGCCAGUCAGCGAUUCACUCACGUCGGGAAGGUUCCUAACAAGGAUGAUCUUCUGCGCGAUUCCAGCGUCCGUGUGUUCCAUGGAAGAGGCCGCACACUGAUGCCCGGUCUGGGAGAUGCUCACACGCAUUUCACUUGGAACGGAGGGGACCUUGGCCAACUUGCGGACCUCGGAGUCGAGGAGCAUACGCUCCUUACUGCUAGAAGCGCAGAGUGCUUUCUGGAUUCAGGGUACACCAUGUGUUUCGGAGCAGCAUCGGCGAAAAAGCGUCUUGACGUUGUGAUCCGUGAUGCCAUCAACGCAGGGGAUAUCCCUGGUCCGCGUUUCCUCGCUAAUGGCCAGGAAAUGGCUCGACGAGGAGGUGAACUGGUUGAAGGUAUCACUGCAUUUGCAGAUGGGCCUGAAGAAAUGCGCCAAGUGAUCCGCGAACAUAUCGGGUUGGGUGUUGAUCAGAUAAAGCUCUCGAUGUCUGGAGAAAAUAUCACGGAAAUUCGAGAUGCAGAGGACUGUUACUUUGAACCAGCGGAGACGGCGGCCUGCGUUGAUGAAGCUCACAAACACAAAAAGAGAGUUUGUUCCCACGCUCGAUCAAAAGAAUCCGUUCAGCAAAGUAUCGAUUACGGCGUGGACGUAAUCUACCACGCUUCUUUCGUCGACGAAAAAGGAAUGGACGCUUUGGAAAAGAACAAGUCCAAGCACGUUGUCGCCCCUGCCAUUAAUUGGCUGGUCGCGACGCUGUACGAUGCCGGGAUGUUUGGAUAUUCCAAGGAGAAAGCAGAAGAAGUGGGCUACCGGAAGGAACUUGAAAUUGCCGACCGUGCUAUGCGGGAGAUGCACCGUAGAGGUAUUGUGGUACUUCCUGGAGGUGAUUACGGAUUUGCAUGGACACCUCACGGUACCUACGCUCGUGAUCUUGCCCAUUUUGUCGAGCGGUUUGGAUUUACUCCCCACGAAUCUAUCAUUGCUGCGACUUACGGCAUGGCAAAACUAUUCAUGCGGUCUCACGAAAUGGGACAGAUCAAGGAGGGCAACUAUGCUGACUGCCUGGUCGUCGAUGGAGAUCCGCUGGAGAAUAUUCACCUCCUGCAAGAUCAUGAUCGAUUGAAUAUCAUCAUCAUCAAUGGCCGAGUUCAUAAGGCGGGAGCCAAAGAAUAUACCAUCCCUUCGCAAAAUGUGACUGGUGUCCACUCGAUGACGAACGAAAUGGUUCAGCCGAAAAUGGAGGUGGCCCAUUAA